UCUAUUUAGUUUUAUGAAUAAAUCAAGGAGUACUAUAAUAACCAUAUUGGAUGUCAUACCUAUUGGCUUUGUUUUUAUACAGUAUUUUCUACUUGAAGUAAUACACAGUUAUGAUUGGCUUCAUCCGCUAUUCAUUCUGCAAAACAGAAUCUUCCCUUUAAUUCCUUACGUAAGUUUGUUCCACGGUCAACUAUCAUUUUUCGAAAUAUCAUUAGAAAAUGCAAGGUGUCGUCGUUUACCAAAUAAUUAUCAGGAUUUAAUUUGCCUUCUGGAACAAUACGAUAUUUGUUGUGAGUUGAAUUGCGUAGAUGGAAUAUGCGAGAAUCAAUUAUCUUACUUCAAUGACUUCAGAUAUGAAAUGAUUUUCGAUAAUGAGUUUCGGGAAUGUAUAGUAUAUCUAGCUCUAACACCAAUUUUAUAUUGUGCUUUAUUAAUUAUAAUGGAAGAGAAGCUGUUUUCAAAAUUACUCAUGAAAAUAAAAGGUACAAAAUUAAGGAAGGGACAAGAUAUAAUGGAUGAUCAAGUGAAGAGGGAGAAACUUGCAGUAGCGGAAGAAUUUAAUAAAAUUUAUAAUCAAAGUAAGAUAAUUUGUAAUCUUCAAAGAAACGAUAUAUGAAAGUUAAAAAGCUGAACAUGAACAUUAUAAUUUAUAUAAGA